AUUCAUUACCCCACUCAAGGGUCCGAACCUCAGCUUUGCAUUCAGGCUCGGACCUCACAAAUGCCUCACCGCUCUCGAAAAAAGCCAAGCCAACCCAUCGAAAAUAAUGGAACCCAAAGCAAAAGACAGAGAGAGAAAGAGAGCGAGUUCUAGAGAGAGAAAGUAGAGUGAGAGAGAGUGAGUUUUGUUUUUUUUUUUUUCCUAGAGAGGGAAAGUGGUAGAGAGAGAGAGAGAGAGAGAGAGGAAGGAUGGGUCAGAUCGUCAGGAGGAAGAAGAAAGGCAGGCCAUCGAAGGCAGAUCUAGCACGUCGUUCCGGCGAGUCACCGGCGGCGAAAGAGGCCGACAUACGCCGGAGCCUCCGGCGUCGAAAUGUGAGGUACAACUUAGACUUCGAUGACUACUUGGAUGAGGACGACGAGGACGAUGAAGAAGACGAGAGGAGGAGGGAGAAGAAGCUGAAGCUGGUGGUGAAGCUGAACCAAGGAAAGGAUGAGGCUGAGCUGUCGCCUAGCCGAGGUCGGAGUGGCGAGCGUGGGGGGCACGCGCGGGGAAACGCGUCGGAGGAAGAGGAGGAGGAAGAGGAGCAGAGUGAGAGGAAACCUUUGAAGAAGCGGCGGAUUAACGGUGGCGAUGAUGACGACGAAGAGGAAGAAGAAGACGACGACGUCGUUCGUGGCGGUGGUGGUGACGAUGAUGAUGAUGAUGGAGAUGAUGAUGAGGGAAGGGGUCGAAAAGCGGACGCUAAGAGGCUCGACUCUCUUCCAGGGACGCCAUCUGAUCCUCAUUCUGGGAUUCCAUUGCCCGAUAAGAAGACAUUGGAGCUGAUGCUUGACAAACUUCAAAAGAAAGACACUUACGGUGUUUAUGCAGAACCAGUUGAUCCUGAAGAGCUCCCUGACUAUCACGAUGUGAUUGAGCAUCCAAUGGACUUUGCAACAGUGAGGAAGAAGUUGGCGAACGGUUCAUACCCUACAUUGGAGCAAUUUGAGAGUGAUGUGUUUUUGAUAUGUUCGAAUGCAAUGCAGUACAAUGCGCCAGAAACCAUAUACCAUAAACAGGCCCGUGCCAUACAAGAGCUGGCAAGGAAGAAGUUUGAGAAGUUGAGGAUUGAAUUUGAAUCCUCUGAGAAAGAGCAGAAGUUGGCGCAGAAAUUAAAAUCAAAUUCCUUGGUCAAGAAGCCAACAAAGAAGCCUCUAUGCCGGACCCUGCAGGAAACUGUUGGCUCUGACUUCUCCUCGGGGGCCACUCUUGCAACAGCUGCAGAUGUACAUAACAGUUCCAAUCCAAUGCAAGCUGGUGGCUGUGAGAGACCUGGCAACACCGAUGGGCCUGUAGAGGGUAACUUGUCCUUGAAUGAUGCUAAUGUAGAGAAGGCUGAAGAGAUGUCAUCAGGGAAGGGUCUCCUAUCUAAAUUAGGGAGGAAGCCACUUGUACUCGAGGAUCGACGUGGUACCUAUAACAUAUCCAAUCAACCUGUCAUCAGAUCAGAAUCUGUAUUUACGACCUUCGAGUGUGAAACCAAGCAGCUGGUUGCGGUUGGGCUUCAUGCAGAAUAUUCCUAUGCUAGAAGCCUUGCUCGUUUUGCUGCAACUCUUGGACCUGUUGCUUGGAAAGUUGCUUCACAGAGGAUUCAACAAGCACUGCCUGCUGGAUGUAAAUAUGGUCGUGGUUGGGUUGGAGAAUAUGAACCACUUCCAACCCCAGUACUGAUGCUAGAGAAUCAUACCCAGAAACACCCUGGUUUGGUAAUGCAGGUCCAUACUACUGGCGAAAUGAGGAAGGAUGACAGAUCAUUCAAGACACCUGUUCCUGUUAAGGAGCAGGCUUUUAGUGGGCCUACCUUAGAAGGUAGACAAUCUUUAUUUAGUCCUACCCGUGGUCCUCAAUCAGAAGGUAAUCCAGCCAUGCUUGGUUCUGCUGGACUUAAAUCGAAUACUGCAGUUAAUGCUGUUCAUCAACAGCAAAAUUUCCAGCAAAAUUCCCAAUCCAGGAAUUUCGCUGAGCUUGAGAAGAAGGUGACAAAACAAGUUGAGUUGAAUUCUCUGCCUUCAGCCAAUCAAAAUAGUGCUGAUCAUGUUGUAGAAAAGAAAUUCUCAAGAAAUGCAGAGACAGCAGCUUCCAAAUCAAGGGAUACAGUAUCAAGACGCACAAAUUUUCCUCAGGCUGUACCUUAUAAGUUGCCAGAUGCUAAUGGAGUUGUUACUGGGGGAAUGCCUAAUGGGAAGGGCAUGAAUAAUUCUCCAGACAAUCGGAUGAAUAGUCCAUCUGAUAGUGCUCCCAAUCAAAUGGCCAAAGCAGCUGCAUAUCUUCCCCAUGGUCUGGACAGGAGUCUAAAUGACCCUGUAUUGAUGAAAAUGUUGGCUGAAAAGACACAAAAGCAGCAGAAAUCUUCAGAUCAAUCAACAUUUGAGACUCAACAAAUAAUGCCAUCGGUUCCAUCAGUAAGGAGAGAGGAUCCAAUUCCAAACAAUGCAGCUGCAGCUGCUGCACGCGCAUGGAUGUCUGUGGGAGCUGGAGCUUUUAAACAACCAAUGGAGAACCCAACUACACCUAAAAGUCAGAUAUCUGCAGAUUCAUUAUACAUCCCAAUUAGGGAAGUUCGUCCACAAAUUUCACAGGUUCGUGGUGAUUUUCCUGUGUCUGGUGCAAUGCAGUUUCAGUCUGAGAAGAACAGAUUUCAGGUUCCAGCAUUCCUACCAGUACCACAACCUGUUCGCUUUAACGAAGGACACAUCCAAAACCGACCUAUAAUUUUCCCUCAGUUAGCAGGAGCUGACUUAUCCAGGUUUCAGAUGCAGUCUCCGUGGCGUGGUCUUAGUCCACAAACACAGGCAAGGCAGAAACAGGAAUCUCUUCCUCCGGACUUGAAUAUUGGUUUCCAGUCUCCAGGGUCCCCGGUGAAACAGUCUGGUGUCCUGGUUGAUUCCCAGCAGCCAGACCUAGCUUUGCAACUCUGAGUAUGGAUAUAAUUAGAGGGAUUUUGGACUAAUAGAUUACAUACCCGAGGCAUUGAUUAUUCCUGUAUGUCAGGGACGUGGAAUUUUUGGUCUGCCUAGGAGCUGGUUUGCAUCGGCUGUGAAAAGGACCCUCCAGCUUUGAUAUGAUAAAAAUUGUAUUGGUUUCCACAAAAAAUUUGUGGAAGACUGAUCAGGGCCUGAAAUUAAUGACUGGAGGGGUUUAUGAGAUUUUAGUCCAGAAAGUUGGAAAUUUUCCGAUUGAAAUGAAGAUUCUUCUGGCAGAUCAGUUGGUUUGUUGUUGGUUUAUUCGACUCUGGACAUGAGGAAACUAUGAUUCGAAGAGCACUUCAUGAUCCCAAUUGGUAAAGAGGAGGAUUACAGACACCACUUGCAGUGGCACAUAUCAUACUGGGGAUCUAAAAAAUGUUGAAAUGACCACAAGUAUGAUUCAUUUAAUGAUAGAAAUCAGUUGCUUAGAAGUUCUUAAUCGAAUGAUUAAUUAUGCAUAAAAUGUAGUUGAGGCCUUUGUACAUUUGAUUACAGGUGGAUGAGAAUUAGUUGCUUAGAUAAUUUUAGUCACCCUUUGUGCCUUCAUGUAAUUAAGGGCCCAGAAUAAAAAUUCCAUAUUAUGUGUAUUA